AUGCAAACUCCAAAAUCAAAAUCCAACGACGAAUCAAAUUCCGAAGCAGAACGACGAAUCGAGAGAUUAUCCCUACACCUAAACCCAAUUCCUCGUUUCGCAAAUUUUGCAGAAGAAACAUGGAAUUGUGUAGAGAUGGAAAAUUGCAGUCGUGGGAAGAAGUUGAGCGUGGAUGCGAAUUCGCUAACGGAUUACAUGAGAGGGAAGCAUAGAGAUGUACAAGAGAAGGUUUUUGAUUACUUUAAUGGUAAUCCUCAUCUUCAAACCCCGAUUGAGAUUUCGAAAGAUGAUCACAGAGCGUUAUGUAUGAAUCAGCUUUUGGGGCUUGUUAGGGAAGCUGGGAUUAGACCUUUGAAUUAUGUGGUUAAUGAUCCUGCUAAGUAUUUUGCUAUUUUGGAAGCUGUGGGGGGUGUUGAUAUGUCGCUUGGAAUCAAAAUGGGUGUUCAAUAUAGUCUUUGGGGUGGUUCUGUUAUCAAUUUGGGAACUCAGAAACACAGGGAUAAGUACUAUGAUGGUAUUGAUAGCUUGGAAUAUGCUGGUUGUUUUGCUAUGACUGAGCUUCACCAUGGUUCAAAUGUCCAGGGCCUUCAAACUCUUGCCACCUUUGAUCCGAUCACUGAUGAAUUUGUUAUUGAUACUCCAAAUGAUGGUGCCAUCAAAUGGUGGAUUGGCAAUGCCGCUGUGCAUGGCAAGUUUGCCACUGUUUUUGCUAGGCUGAUGUUACCUAAUUAUGAUGUAAAAGGAAUUUCUGAUAUGGGUGUUCAUGCUUUCAUCGUUCCAAUAAGGGAUAUGAAGACUCAUCAAACACUUCCUGGGAUUGAGAUACAUGAUUGUGGUCAUAAAGUUGGUCUUAAUGGUGUUGAUAAUGGAGCUCUAAGAUUCCGCUCAGUGAGAAUUCCUCGAGACAACCUUCUAAACCGUUUUGGAGAUGUCACCCGUGAUGGGCAGUACACAAGUACUCUUCCUUCAGUCAAUAAGCGGUUUGGUGCAACUCUUGGGGAACUUGUUGGUGGUAGGGUAGGCCUUGCAUAUUCUUCCGUAAGUGUUCUCAAAGUUGCUGCCACAAUUGCCAUCAGAUAUUCUCUAAUUCGUCAGCAAUUUGGACCUCGAAACCAACCCGAAGUAGCUAUUCUUGACUACCAGUCUCAUCAGCAUAAGCUUAUGCCAAUGCUGGCUUCAACUUAUGCAUUCCACUUUGCCACUACAAACCUAGUGGCGAAAUACGCCGAAAUGAAGAAGUCUAACGAUGAAGAAUUAGUUGCAGAUGUUCAUGCUCUCUCGGCUGGUCUGAAGGCUUAUGUAACAUCGUAUACUGCAAAGUCACUCAGUACCUGUAGGGAAGCCUGUGGAGGCCAUGGUUAUGCUGCUGUCAAUCGGUUUGGUUCCUUGAGGAAUGAUCAUGACAUUUUUCAGACAUUUGAAGGCGACAACACCGUUCUUCUUCAACAGGUUGCAGGUGAUCUUUUGAAACAAUACCAGAAAAAGUUUAAAGGAGGGACUUUAGCAGUGACAUGGAAUUAUUUGAGAGAUUCCAUGAGCUCUUAUCUAUCACAGCCAAAUCCAGUUACUGCUAGGUGGGAAAGUGAAGAACAUCUACGGAAUCCAAAAUUUCAAUUGGAUGCUUUCAGAUACCGAACAUCUAGAUUACUUCAUAGCGUUGCUUUACGACUUCAAAAGCAUUCAAAAUCUCUUGGGGACUUUGGUGCAUGGAAUAGAUGUUUAAAUCAUCUAUUGACACUUGCAGAAUCACAUAUUGAGUCAGAAAUUCUUGCUAAAUUCAUUGAAGCUGUGCAGAGCUGUCCUGACCCAAGUGCUCAAGCUGCUCUGAAGCUUGCAUGUGACCUUUAUGCGCUGGAUCGAAUAUGGAAUGACAUUGGAACCUACCGCAAUGUCGACUAUGUUGCUCCCAACAAAGCCAAGGCAAUCCACAAACUGUCAGCAUAUCUAAGUUUCCAAGUGAGGAAUAUUGCAAAGGAACUUGUUGAUGCAUUUGAUCUUCCUGAUCAUGUAUUACGGGCACCUAUUGCCAAGCAAUCAGGAGCUUACUCUCAGUACACACAAGAUGUUGGAUUUGAAUAA